AUGUUUAGGGACCUGGGUGAAGCCAGCAAGCGGGCAUAUUUGCAUAUUAUCAUACCCGAGGUGGCCCAUUCUUCAUCCAUUCAAUUUCACCAUUGCCUUCAUCCCCAUCUUCGCUCUCACCACCAUCACCAUCACUUCCCCCCAACCCUUGCUUUAGCUCUUCCAACCCCCCCCCUCCGCAUUGGUAAAAUAUACUCCUUUCCAGCCCAUUACGGUGUGAUGGAGAACCCACAGAGAUCGCUAGAGUCUACACGUGCUCGCUUUAAUCGAUUAGUCUCUGCGCUCACUGCCUUCGACAGCGCCCUUCGCACUGGAACCCCUGAACAGCUCCCUCCUUGGCAAACUCUUCAGCCCCACUUCAACGUCCUAUUCUCAAUACUAGAUUCCCUUUCACACACGCUCAACCAACAGUUCCCCCCGCCUCAAAUAAACACCUCCGCGCUGGUCUCUUACCCACUACCGAGCUUCCCUGCAAACAGUCAAAUCCAACUAUCCAUAUCCACGCUUCUCAACAAAAAGCUCAAUCCAAUAGUCCAAGAUUGGGCCCUCAGGGCCCUCAACGCCCCGACCGUUAAUAACGACGAUCUGUGGGAUAGGGCAAGGGAAAUCGUUCAGGAGCAACAGGAAGAGAGGAACUGGUACGAUGAUAUCUACAGCCUGGAAGAGCAGGAAGCCGGCACUGAGGGAAUUGAAACCGGGGUCAGUGAAGAAAAGCAGGAAAAAGAGGAGGCUAUACCGGGCUUGAAGUUGGAGGCUAUUCUGAGGUUCAUGGAGACAGGCGUUGUGCCAGCAGAUCAGCCGGCACUACCUAUGGCUGCUAUGCCUGGCACUGGCCCGAUGAAGAGGUGAUGGGAUUGACAGGCUCUGCUUCGGACAUGGAGGCUCUAUCCAAGGAUUUCUCGUAUUGUACAGUAAUGUCGGCGUUUAUUAGCUUCUAAAAAAUCUGUUACGAUAAA